GGUUAAAGUGAAAAGGACUCGCCAUUAGAGGAGAGAGAACCAUGUUUUUUUGCGGUGUGAAAUGGAAGAGAGAAAUCUGUUCCAUGUAACGUGCCCUUGAGGAGGUGAUUUUCGUUUCGUCACAAGGGGUUUUUGUGUUGUUGCAUACCAAGUGUUCGUGAAAAUGCCUGUGUUUUCAUCGAGGAUAGAUGGGGCUGACGGGCAAGUUCUAGAUCUAGACACUGCUGUUAAAGAUGGGCUUUUGGGCGGUGGCGGAGGAGUGGGUUUUGGUGGUGGUUUUGCUGAGAAACUGGAUCUGAAAAAGAUGAUUGAAGAGUUAAACUUGCCGGAGAUUCCAUCGGUGUUCAUUUGCCCAAUUUCCCUUGAGCCGAUGGAAGACCCCGUUACCCUUUGCACCGGCCAAACCUACGAGCGAUCCAACAUCUUGAAAUGGUUCAGUUUAGGUCAUUUCACUUGCCCAACUACUAUGCAAGAACUCUGGGAUGAUUCUCUUACCCCAAACAACACCCUUCACAGAUUAGUUCACACUUGGUUUUCCCAAAAAUACUUCCAAAUGAAGAAGAAAUCGGAAGAUGUUUCAGGAAUGGCAUCUGAGAUUUUAGACACCCUUAAGAAGGUUAAGGGCCAGGCUCGUGUUUUAUCGCUCAAGGAGCUCCGGCGAGUUGUCACGGCUCACGCCAUCACUAGAAAAACAGUGGUUGACAAUGGUGGGGUGAGUCUUCUUUCAUCAUUAUUGGGUCCUUACACAUCUCAUGCCAUUGGUUCUGAGGUAGUUUCGAUUCUUGUUCAUUUGAAAUUAGAUUCAUCUUCGAGAUUGAAUCUGAUGCAGCCAGCCAAGAUAUCGCUAAUGGUGGACAUGUUAAACGAAGGUUCCAUAGAGACGAAGAUCAAUUGUACCCGAUUAAUCGAACUUUUGAUGGAAGAAGAGAAUUUCCAAGUGGAAAUCGUGUCAAGCCACAGUCUACUGGUUGCUUUGAUGAAAAUGGUAAGAGAUAAAAGGCUCCCAAAUGGGAAUUUGCCAGGGCUUAGCCUACUCAAAUCYAUAUGCUUACACAAACAAGUUAGAUUCUUGAUUGUUAGCAUUGGUGCUAUUCCUCAAUUGGUCGAAUUAUUGCCCGAAUUGAAUCCUAAUUGUUUGGAAUUAGCCCUUUUCAUAUUGGACACUCUUUCAACCAUAAGAGAAGGUAAACUGGCUUUGAGUAAUUGUUCGAAAACCAUACCGAAUAUGGUAAGAGUUUUGAUGAGGGUUUCAGAAAACUGUACACAACAUGCUUUAUCCAUCUUAUGGUCUGUUUGCAAGCUUUCACCUCAGGAGUAUUCAUUGAUUGCUGUAGAUGUGGGUCUUGCAGCAAAGCUUCUUCUUGUCAUUCAAAGUGGUUGUAAUCCAUCUCUAAAGCAGCAAUCAGCAGAGCUCUUGAAGUUAUGCAGCUUAAAUUAUUCAGAUUCAAUUUUCAUUUCAAAGUGCAAGCUUACAAGAACCAUCCAGUGAAAGGGGGGAUAAACCCUAAUGAUGGAUUCCAAGAUUGAACCUAAAGCUGCCGGACUCGCGUGUAUAGCCGAUUAAUUCUAUUCCCAGGUACUUUUUCAAGAUUUCUUGAUAUAGGCAGAAGCAAAGAUGAAGUCUUUACAGAAAAACCCUAAUGUUCUCUUUCUUUUUGGUGGUUUCUGUUAAAGAUUUUGAGCAAAAAAAGGUCGUCUUUUUAAUCUCUUUGCUUCGAAACGAAAAUGGUGGGAUUUGUAAUGGGAUUAGAAACCAAAAGAUGGUGGUUCAUGGUGGUUUAGGGAGAGGUGAAAUUGUUAACAACCAUUUUGGGUUUUGCAAUCACAAUUGUGACUGUUCAUUGCCAAUUGAGUUUCUUGAUUCUGUUUUUUGAAA